CCCUCCGGCGCGCUCUACCCCUCGCUCGCCCGCCCGCCCGCCGCGCACGCAGCCGGCCCCGGCUCCUCGCGCCCCGCGCUCCGCGCCCCGCCGCCGCCGAGCGAAGCCGGGCUGGGCUUGGAGCUGCUCAUGGAGAAAGUGCCGGGCGAGAUGGAGAUUGAGCGCAGGGAGCGGAGCGAGGAGCUGUCCGAGGCGGAGAGGAAGGCGGUGCAGGCUACGUGGGCCCGGCUCUAUGCCAACUGCGAGGACGUGGGGGUGGCCAUCCUGGUAAGGUUCUUUGUGAACUUCCCAUCGGCCAAGCAGUACUUCAGCCAGUUCAAACACAUGGAGGAGCCCCUGGAAAUGGAGCGGAGCCCCCAGCUGCGGAAGCACGCCUGCCGGGUCAUGGGGGCCCUCAACACUGUCGUGGAGAACCUGCACGACCCCGAGAAAGUGUCCUCUGUGCUCGCCCUCGUGGGCAAAGCCCACGCUCUCAAGCACAAGGUGGAGCCCGUGUACUUCAAGAUCCUCUCUGGGGUCAUUCUGGAGGUGAUCGCCGAGGAAUUUGCCAAUGACUUCCCAGCCGAGACGCAGAGAGCCUGGGCCAAGCUUCGUGGCCUCAUCUACAGCCACGUGACGGCUGCCUACAAGGAAGUGGGCUGGGUACAGCAGGUUCCCAACACCACCAUCCCACCGGCCACACUGCCCUCUUCGGGGCCAUAGGACUCCCUCUCUCCUCCCCACUCCCUGGCAGCACCUUGAGCAGAAGGCCGAGUUCUGAAGACCCUCCUUGAACCUCCAUUUCUGGGUGCCAAGGAAGCUGGAGGAAUCCCUGACUCGUCUUCCCAGAAAGAGGCUGCCUCUGCCGCUGCCACAGUCCCCCUGAAGCUGCCGGGAGGUGGCACUGGCUGCCUGGAUGCCGACCCCAGCUCUGCGGCAGGUGGCCUGUGGGGUGGGGGAUCCUUCCUCCUUGAAGAGCCAGGCCCACUCUUCUUAGCUUUUCUACUCACGGUUAGAGUCCUAGCUGCACGGCUGGCAGGAAUCGGGACAGGUCUGUGAGUCCCUCCAGGAGUAAACCAGCCCCGUUUCUAUCUGCCCAACCAGCAUGCAGGUCUCCACACCACCUAUCUAGAGUAUCACACACACAUCUACCGUAUAUACAAUAUAUUCUAUAUACAAUCUAUACAUAAAUACAUAUAUAUAUAUAUAUAUAUACGUACAUAUCUAUAAUGUGUGUCUGUGGGGCCCAGAGGCACAUGUAAAGCCUCGGUUCUGCCCAUUUGUGUGUGGGGCAGUGAGGGGUCCUGAUUGUGCUUCUGGGCAGAUGACAGAGUGUUCUGGCAGAGAUGGGGGUCCCAUAUCAGCAUAGAGAGGAUCUGGGCCUGUGGGCAGGGUUGGGGGGACCCAGCUUGCCAGCAAAGCCCAGCCUUUUCUCUCUGACCAGCUCUCCACAUUCCUGCUUUCCACUUCCAGGCAAAAAGGAUUUGGCUCUCCCCACCUCUACCCCCCACAAAAGGAUGUGGUUCCCUGACUUGCCCCAAAAUGGGCAAGGGCAGACAGAGGGGGCCAGAAGUUCUGGACAGGAUGACUGCGCUGGGGGAGGGACCAUGGUAAAGAAACCUCGAAUGCCAGCCGCAUCUGCCUUUGUCACUAAGACAGCCCCAGCGGGAGGGGGUCCAGGCUGCUCCUCAGCGGGCAGUGGUAACAGGACCAGAUGCCUCCAUCUCCUCCUGGAGCUUGAGGGCUGAGGGCCUUCCUUCCCUUGCCCCUCCUGGCUGCUGGCUGGCAGUCGGUCCUGUCCGUCCAUCUGGGUCAGCGUUGCCGGGGACCCCCGUGUGUGCCCCUUGGUCACGUGUAUCGUCCUCAAGGAUGUUUUGCUGCUGUGGCUACUGUGCCUGUGUCCCCUCCCGUCCCAUCUUCGUGCAGCUGUCCGGGUAACUGCCUGUCCUUUUGUAGUUUCUGAUGUUUGUAACCAGACCCAGCUGCUGUCAUUAAACAGACUCGUUCUUCCUGU